GGUACGAGAGCAGAUGUCAAUGUUGGGUCUCUUUUUAUAAUUACUAUAUAUUGUGUAGGGCUGAAGAACAAAGUGAAAAUUUUGUGCAAUUAGCCCCAUUUUCCCUCAAACUUCUCACCUUUAAUCGCGUCUCAAGGCAACGUAGUGAUCGCAUUCUUAUGGUUUGUCGACUCCUGCGGUACGGUGAGUGAGUGCGAUUACGGGAUUUUGUGACGGAGGGUGGGCCUGGACGUGGAGCAGAGCUGUGAAGGAAGCCGCGCGCGAUGGGGAAUAAUUGUUGCACAAAACACCAGCAAGACUUUGCCGUGGCCACCGCCACUGGCUACAAGAUGAAUGAGUCGGCCUUUAUGGGGCCACACACGAAGCAGCUCAACAGCAGCAGCCUCGAGUAUCGCUACACACCAGAUCCCAAUAUUGUGCAGCUGAAGCUCACGGCAAAGAGUGGUGUUGACAUCAUACGACCCCUCACGAUCCCCGGACACGGGGCUGGCAGUAAUGUGAAGAGGCGCAUUGUUGUGGCACUGUACAACUACACAGCACGCGAGGAUACGGAUGUGAGCUUCCAGAAGGGCGACCGGAUGGAGGUGCUCGAUGACACAGAGUCCGAUUGGUGGCGCGUGAUUCAUCUCACGAGUCGCAAGGAAGGGCUCAUCCCGUGGAAUUUUGUUGCAGAAGAACGCAGCGUCAACAGUGAGGAUUGGUACUUUGAGAAUGUGUCGCGCAAGGAGGCGGAUAAACUUCUUUUGGCUGAAGAAAAUCCCCGUGGAACGUUCUUGGUGCGCCCAUCGGAGCACAAUCCAAAUGGAUUUUCACUUUCAGUGAAGGAUUGGGAGAGCACCAGGGGCUUCCAUGUGAAACACUACAAAAUCAAACCACUAGACAAUGGUGGUUUCUACAUUGCAACAAAUCAGACGUUUCCGUCCCUUCCGGCUCUCGUCAUGGCGUACAGCAAAAAUGCCCUGGGCCUGUGUCACAUCCUAUCGCGUCCAUGCCCAAAGCCACAGCCGCAAAUGUGGGAUUUGGGGCCUGAAUUGCGUGACAAAUGGGAGAUUCCACGAUCGGAAAUUCAACUUAUCCGGAAGCUGGGUCGUGGGAAUUUUGGGGAGGUGUACUACGGCAAAUGGCGCAAUAGUAUUGAUGUGGCCGUUAAGACACUCCGUGAGGGUAGCAUGUCGACACAGGCUUUCCUCGAGGAGGCGGCCAUCAUGAAGAAGUUCCGACACAAUCGUCUCAUUGCCCUGUAUGCGGUGUGCUCGCAAGAGGAGCCAAUCUACAUUGUGCAGGAGUACAUGUCCAAGGGGAGCUUGUUGGACUUUUUGCGCACCGGUGAAGGGCAAUUCCUCCAAUUUGCCGAUUUAAUCUACAUUGCAGCCCAAAUUGCCAGUGGAAUGGAGUACUUGGAGAGCAAGCAGCUCAUCCAUCGCGAUCUGGCGGCACGAAAUGUCCUCAUUGGGGAGAAUAAUAUUGCGAAAAUUUGCGAUUUUGGUCUUGCACGCGUUAUUGCGGACAAUGAGUACUGCCCAAAGCAGGGAUCACGAUUCCCUGUUAAAUGGACAGCCCCCGAAGCCAUUAUUUAUGGGAAAUUCUCAAUAAAGUCCGACGUGUGGUCAUUUGGUAUUUUGCUCAUGGAGCUCUUCACCUACGGGCAGGUACCGUAUCCGGGGAUGCACAGUCGUGAGGUGAUUGAGCAAGUGGAGCAGGGCUAUCGAAUGCCCCAGCCGGCUGGAUUCAAUCUACCCAGUGAAAUUUAUCAUCUCAUGCUCCAGUGUUGGGAUCGUGUACCCGAGAAGAGACCCACAUUUGAAUUUCUCAAUCACUACUUUGAGAACUUUACCGUCACAUCGGAGGUGCCCUACCGAGAAGUCCACUAAAGAAUCUCUCUCUCUCUUUGACGGUAAAUUCUAUCAAUAUAGUUUUUCUCCUCCACCCUUCCACUCCUCUACUUCGUUCUCUCUCUUUCUUAGAGUGUUACCUGUAGUGCAUUUAUUUUUUUAAGUUUCUUUUUUACUUUUUUACGUUCGUAUUUUAUCCGAACUUCUUUAUUUUAUUAGUAAACUGCUACUAAAAUUCGUCAUUUUUGCACAGUCUUUAAAAAAAAUGAGAUUAUCCUUUUAAACGAUUUAUUUUCCAGUAAAAAAGUGAGACUGAGAAUAUUUUUAAAAACUCUUUUGAAAGACUCAAUUUUUUUCUUUAAAAAAAAUGCAAAAGUAUUAACAAUUCAACGAUGAUUUUUUUUUAAAUUAGGGGAUAGUUAAAUGAAUUCCAUAAAUAUUAGGAGAUUUUUCUUUUACAUUUAUCUAGGAUUUUUUAUUGUAAUUUGUGUAACUUGAAGGACCAACUAAAUAGUUUUAUAUUGCUUAUAACUCUGAAGUUAAAAAAAACACGUUUAAAUAAUGAAAGAAAGUUUUAUAAGAUCUUUAGAUCUCAGUAAAAUAAAAAUUGACCAAUAUUUGAUCAAAUAUUGAGGCAUCAUGCCGACAAAAAUAUAUAACUAAUAAUUGGGGAUAGUAUUUUAGAAAUCUUAGUAACUAGCUUAGCCAAAUUUUUCAAGAAAAAAGCUUGAUUAUUUUUUUUAAAACGCUACAAAAUGAUUUAAGUCGAAUAUUGAGCGUAUUUUGAGUGAAAAUUGAGCAAAAAUUAACCGUUAAGUUUUAAAAGCAGAAACAAUUGAAAAUACUAAAAAUUAAUAUUUAAAAAAAAACUACAAAGAUAGGUCUGAGUACCACUUUGGUUCUUCCAGAGAUAGAGCGUCAUAUAUUUUGUUUUGGAAUCAUACUCUUAUAUUUCUUCUAAUAAUCUGUUUAACCAAUUUUGAUAAAAUGAAAAUUAUUGAAAUUUUUGUGCAAAACAGGAAUUUAUUAGAAAAAUUCAUUCAAUUCUAAUCAGAUUAUUCUUCACUAACCCUUUGUGGACCACUAGACGCCCAACUAAGAGUUUCCUAAAAAAAAAUCGUUGUUUAAAGUCAUGUCAGAAUUUACAUAACCUAAAAAUUCUUGUUAUUGACAGCUACAUCUUUCAAAAACAACAAAAAUAGUUAGAAAUCCAUUUAAAGUCGCGUUUUUUUUUUUAUCUAUCACAUGGAAUAAUUUUUUAAAGCUAAAAACGAUCAUUUUCAAAAUUUUAAACUAAAUUCAUAAAUCUAGAUGUAUUUUGAAUCAAAAAAUUGUCACAAAAAUUGAUUAAAAUCACAUCAAGUGAAAAUUAAAUUAGAAUUUUGACUUUCUUCCAAUUACUUAUAUAAAAACUGUUGACUAACCGACUUGAAACACUGAAAAAAAUUAAACAUUAUUUUUUUGUUUUUCUAAUUAUUUAUUUUAUUUCCAAAAGAACGGUAAUGAGCUGAGUUUUCGUAGAUUAGAUUAUAAAGAUGUUUUCACAGAGGAAACGAAACUCGUUAGAAAAAAGAAGAAGAAGAAUGUUUCACUGUUUCAGUGUUUUUAUGUUUCAUGUUUUUUGCGAAAUGUUUUGACCCAAUAUUUGAUCAAUCACAUCGACUUGAAUUUAAGUACAAACCUCGACAGAAUUUUUACUGGGAUCACACAUAAUUAAUUUAAAUUGAGAUCAUUCCCCACUAAUUCGCAACAAUAAAAAUGUGUUCAAAAAUUAAUUUUUAUCAUUAGGAAAAAGCUGAAAAAGACUGUGCAAAAAUGACGAAUAAAAUGACUUUUUUUCUGUGCAAGAAAGCAUAAAAUAAUUAAUUAAGUCUACAUUAUUCUCUUCCCUUUGACGAUGCAAAAAAAAUCCUUUUUAAUUGAGACUUCCUCCUUUUUUUAUACAAACCUAUUUAAGUGUACCUAAUUUUAAGAUGAAAAAAAAUUGCAAUUCAAAUUAGGACAUUGCAUUUCUUUCACUUGUCUGCUUGGGAUAAAAAAAUCUCACAGAAAGUACUAUUUUACUUUAAAGAAGAAAAGAAAAUAUUUAAUUUUACUAUAUAAGAAUAUUAUUGAUUGUAUUUAAAAAAAAUUAAAGAAAAAAUCUAAUAUUGUAUUACAUGUUUAUUAGUGAAAAAAAAAAUCCAAAUCUCAAUGCCAAAAAAAAAUUAUUGAUGAAAAAAACUCCGAAAAGGCUAAAUGUUGAAAAAAAAAGAUUUUCUUUUCGAUGAAAUCUCGCAAGAAAAUACAAUAUAAAGGUUCUCUUUUUUUGUUCUUUAUGCUACAAAAAUAUUUUAACGAAUAGCACAAGAUUUUACUUGAUUACAAUAAAAUGAGAAAACAUGGAAAAUUUUUACAAAAACCAGUCCGAACUAAAAAAACAUUGGAAAAGUAUUUUUAAAGAGAAAAAAAAACCAAGAAAAUAAUGGAAAAAGUAGAAAAAACUGGCUAAGUCGUAACACAUUUAAUGGUGUCAACUAAAAAAAAAAAACUACAAAAGAUUUUUCAUAAACGGAAAAAAUAGUUAAAGUGGCAAAAGAAUAGCAUUUGUAUUUGUAUAAAAAAAACCUAUUAAUAUAUUUAUAGAAUAUAAUGAUAAAAAAAAUGAGAUAAAAAAAUAGUAAAACAGAUAAAUAUGGUAAUUGUAAGACUUUUUUAAAAAAGAUGUCAUCAUCAAAUGGAUUUCACAAGACAACAAACAAACAAUCAGAAGCACACAAAGCUAUUUUCGCAACAGGGGCACGUUUUAUUCUUGUUUAAGAUGAAAAAUAAAUUAAAUAAAAAAAUUAAAAGCAAUGAGAAAUACAUAAAAUUAACUGAAAAAAAAGGGAUUCUAGUCACAAAGAAACAACACAAGAAUUCACACACACAAAAAAAGAAAUUUCAUCACACAAAAAGCAUAGAAAAAAAACAUAUUCAAGUAAUAAAAGGAAGAAUUUUGAUAUGAUGCGCGUUUUUCCUUUGCAAAACACUCACACCCACACAUCUUUCUUCUAUGAUAUGAUACCAAUUUUAAUCAUUAUAAAUAUUAUCUCUAUUGUACACACGGAAAGACACAUUUUUAAAAAUAAAGUGAAUUAGAAAAA